AUGAACAACAACAUCAAUAAUAUUACAGUUCAAUUACAUGAGUUAAUUAAUAUUACAAACACAACUAACAACAACGUCAAUCUUUUGAUCAACAAACUUGACCAAGUUAUGCCAAUAGUGAAUUUAAUACCAACAUCACUUGUAAAAAUCUCGAACAGAGAUCGUCGAGCUCACAAUACUCUCAUAUCGGUCCAAAUGAUGAACUAUCUGCCAAUUCUAAAAUCAGUUCCUGGCGUUGGAAACUAUCGAUGGUACACUAAUGAGGCGGUUGGAGUCAUAGCCGCAAAAUUGGGUACAUUCCCACCCAACUUUCCAAACAAUAGAAUAAGUAAAAAUUGA